AUGGUGCACGGCUACCCCCAGGGCUCUGCGGGCCCAUACCCAGCCCUCCACUCCCUGCAGCACCAGGACGCCCGGGCCGGCGGGGGGCCCCCGGGCGCCCCGCCGCGGCAGAGUGGCCCUGACUCUGCGCUGGAGGAGGAGGAGGAGGAUGAUGACCCAGCCCUGGGCUGUGACGGUGACUUGGAGGUGAACCCCUACGAUGGUCUGCCCUUCUCCUCCCGCUACUACGAGCUCCUGAGGCAGCGCCGGGAGCUGCCCGUCUGGACCACCAAGUACAGCUUCAUGGAGCACCUGGAAGGCAACAGCGGCAUCAUCCUUGUCUCUGGCCCCCCUGGCACUGGCAAGAGCACCCAGAUCCCGCAGUGGUGCGCCGAGUACGCCCUCUCCCUGCAGUUCGCCCACGGCCUGGUGGCCUGCACCCUGCCCCACAGCCUGGCCGCCCUCAGCCUCUCCCUACGCGUGGCGGACGAGAUGGACCUGAACCUGGGCCAUGAGGUUGGCUACUGCGUCCCCCACGAAGACUGCUGCACCACCGAGACCAUCCUCAGGGUGGUGGUCACCUCGCCGGCCAUGGAGGAGCGGCUCCGCGCCUUCUGCGGGGACCCCCCAGUGGUGCGGGUGCCGGGACCCGGGACCCCUCCCCAGCUGCUCUACAGGGACGCGCCAGCCCAUGGCCACGUCGCAGCUGCGUGCCAGGCUGUGCUGGACAUCCACCGGCGACAGGAGCCCGGCCAUAUCCUACUUUUCCUGGCCAGCGAGCAGGAGAUCGCCGAGUGCUGCAGGGCCAUCCAGACCGAGGCCAUGGCGCUGACCCCUGGCCUGGGCCCGCUGCUGGUCCUGCCCCUGCACCCCGGCGUGGGCCGGGCAGCGCAGAAGGUGUAUGAGGCACCGGAUGAGAGCAGCCGAGAAAGGCGGGUGAUCGCACUGCACCAGCAGGGUGGAGGGACCUUGGGAGAAGGUGGGGGCUUGUCAGUGGGUGUCCCUUCUCAUGGCCUCGCCUGCAGCUACAACCCCCGCAUCCGGGCAGAGUCCCAGGUGCUGCGGCCCAUCAGCAAGAGCCAGGCAGAGUCACGCAUGCAGCGAGCUGCGGGCAGCCCCCAAGGGACCUGCCUGCGCCUCUACUCAGAGGCCUUCUACGAACAGCACCUGCCCCCCAGCCCCGCACCCCACGUCAGCGAGACCAGCCUCAGCCGCCUCGUGCUGCUGCUGAAGCGCCUGGACAUUGCCGAUAUGGGCCAGUGCGACUUUCUCGACCGGCCAGCCCCUGAGUCGCUGAUGCAAGCUCUGGAGGACCUGGACUACCUGGCUGCCCUGGACGAUGACGGGAACCUGUCAGAGGUGGGGAUCAUCAUGUCGGAGUUCCCCCUGGACCCCCAGCUGGCCAAGGCACUCAUCGCCUCCUGCGAGUUCGACUGUGUGGAGGAGAUGGUCAGCCUGGCUGCCAUGCUCACAGCUUCCCCCUGCUUUGUUCCCCCCUCCACCCACCUGGAGGAGGCCGCGACCAUGCGCCGGCGAGCCCUGCUCCACCCGGACGGAGACCACUUCACCCUCAUCAACAUCUUCAACGCCUUCCAGCAGCUGUGCGGGCACCCCCCCCAGCGCCUGCCCCCCUGGGUCCUCUACCACGAAGUUCACCAUUCACAGGACAACUGCCUCCGCGUGGUCUCCGAGAUCCAGCCCCAAAUUGUGCUGCUGCCCCCCGUCACACCGACGCGCCGAGGGGCAGCCCUGGCCCUUGCGACGGGGCUUCAGGUGGGGAAACUGAAUGGGGAUGUGGUGGUGAAAUGCAACACCUCGGAGCAGCAAGUAACCUGGACACAGAACGGGGACUCGGAGCCUAUGGUCGAGCUUGAGGCCGAGGGACAGACUCUCACCAUCCUUGGCUUCGACCUGCCAGCCACGGGCAACUACAGCUGCUGGGCCGGCACUGUCCUGCUGGACACCACCUACGUGGUGGUCAGCGGCACCCGUACCGAUGGCUCCUUGGGGGAGUGGGUGCUGGCAGCUGACCACCAUGGCCAGUUCAGUGCCAGCUUUGCAGACCCCACUUUCUGCCCCUUCGCCGAGGAGCUGCGCCCAUUGCAGCUGCACGUGGAGGGGCUCUCAGACACCUCCUACUUCAACUUCUCCUUCCACUUCUACAUCCGUGACAUCG